CCGAUUGAACAUAAAGUACGUCCACUGGACAGUCGCGAUGUCAUACCACCCGCACAACAGUUAUACGAGACUUUAUUGACUUAUGAACUGCGAUUGCCAGAGCACCAGCAAUUACAUAUAGGCGUUAAUUCAAUGCUAUAUGGCCCUGAUAAUAUUUCAUUGAUGUGGAUGUUAUUCAAUGCAAACACCAAACAAUAUAUGGGUGCAGAUCAGACUUGA